AACCAUAAGCAACUUGAUGGGCAGAGGAUUCUCAUCAACCGCCUUUUGGAGGAAGUUGCUAACCCAUUGCCGCUUGAUGCUGAAGAGGAUCAGCUGCAUAAGUACGCACGAUGCUACAUCCUAGCGCUAUUGGGGGACACAAUAUUCAUGGACAAAUCCGGCGAUAGGGUGCAUCUAAUGUGGGUGCAGCAGUUGGAAGACCUUCACAAUCCACGGAGGUACAGUUGGGGAAGUGCUUGCCUUGCAUGGUUGUAUCGAGAGCUAUGCAAGGCAAGCGAGGACACCAGUCAGAUUGGUGGGUGCUUGCUGUUGCUCCAGUACUGGGCAUGGGCCAGGUUCCCCUAUUUGUGCCCGACAGUUGAGCGAGGCCCGCCAGUGGGUGCUUACGGUCCUCCAGUACGUGGUCCACUAUCCCUGAAGUGGUUGUGGGUCCCAAACAAGAAAAAUAGGCCCGCCCACAUCUUCAGGGACAGGUAUCGCGAGCAACUAGCUUCCAUGUUGCCAGACCAGGUGGUGUGGCAGCCAUAUGAAGCUCAUUUUGACGACCUCCCGCCCUGGUGUGUUGCAGGGAGGGCCGUAUGGACGGCAACGGUGCCGCUUGUAUGUUUCCACCUAGUAGAGAAACAUACACCGGAUCGUGUUGUUCGUCAAUUCGGGAUGAUCCAAGAAAUUCCCCGCGCUGUUAACACUGACAGAGUGCUUCAUGGCAUUGAUUUGAGGGGGAAGAUCGGUGUUAAUUGGAUGCAGAAGCAUGCUGCGCAUAUCCUUGAGUGGGGUAAUCGCUUUGAUCGGCGUUGUGAAGCUGUGCUUGGUGAUAUGCCUCCAGAGCACGAGUACCAUGACUGGUUCAAAAGGGUGACUCGGAGGUUCAUCGAUAGGCCUGGUGCUGUAGUGACUCUGCUGAUUGAAGGAUACGUCCGUUUAUUGAGGCGUCAUCCAGUGGGCACGGAGGACCACAACGACAUUACUGAGGUGUUGACGGCAGUACAGGCGAUGACACGUGUCCAACCUCCUAUCCCUGAGGCCCCGAUUGAGGAGGCAGCUAUGCCUACCGGCCCAAGCACGAGCACAGCUCCGGCCGGAUGUCAAUCCCGUCCGCCUGUUGCUACCCCUCAGCUUCUCCCUACCCCCGAUCCCUCUGCAUCCACCCCACAUGCAUCCGCCAGCCCCACCAUCCCUUCAUCCACCCCACAUCCAUCCCUUACCGUCAUCAUCCCUUCACCCAACCCACAUUCAGCUCCUACUGCCACCAUCCCUUCACCUAGCCCAUAUCCAGCCCCUACGCCCACCAUCCCUUCACCUAACCCACAUCCAGCCCCUACGCCCACCAUCCCUUCACCCGCCCACCAUCCGUCUCCUUGCCCCACCAUCCCUCCACCCACCCCACUUCCUUGUUCUGGGUCUGACGUCCGUCCACCCACCCCACAGUCAUUUCUUCAGCUGUCACCGAUUCCAUCCUUUGACCUGGGUACCCCACCUGACAUGCAGCAGGAGCCACCCUCCCAUAGUUCGUUUAGUACCCCUUCUUCAGCCAUUGACCCACCCCAUGUUCAGGCUGAGCAGCCGGUUGGGUUACCUACAGCGGCUGAAGGUCGGCCUAAACGCAUAUCAAAGGCACCUCCGUGUGGGACAGGGGGGCACAAACAUGGACACAAUGUUGGGCCCGAGGCACUGACGAAGGACAUGCAAGACCUCCUCCUCAUUAUACGAGACGGCGUGAUUGGUGUACCUGUUACACUGAAUGGAGAUCUGAAGGACCAGUUCGUGGAGACCAAUGUUGGUUUUGAUACAAUAUGUAAGGUAUUAGUCAUACUGGCCGGAGAGCAUGCUGUGGUGCACGGAUCCACGGCGGUGGCUGCUUCCCUUGACCUGUACACCUAUGGAAUUAAUAUUUUGAAAGCUCAUGGCAAAAGUGCAAAAGAUAGCUAUCUUUUGAAUGGGUAUGCUCUAAAUACGGGUCGUGCUGCCCAAGGAAUGCCUAUUAGAGUUGCCCCUGAAAAGAUUGCUUGUCUUGACUUUAAUCUUCAGAAGACAAAGAUGCAAAUGGGUGUCCAAGUCUUAGUUACUGAUCCCAGGGAGCUUGAAAAAAUUCGUGAAAGGUGA